AUGGCAUCCUCCUCCAUUGCAGUCGCGGCUGCUCUGAUCCUCUGCAUCCUCGUCGCCCAUGCCCAUGGCUGCUAUGCCAAGCACCACGCGGCUCCUUCUGCGGCCAACUCCAGCUGGCUUGAUGCCAAGGCGACAUGGUACGGCGCGCCCCAUGGUGCCGGGCCUGACGACAACGGCGGCGCGUGCGGGUUCAAGAACGUCAACUUACCACCCUUCUCCUCCAUGACCUCCUGCGGCAACCAGCCGCUCUUCAAGGACGGCAAGGGCUGCGGCUCCUGCUAUCAGAUAAGGUGCUUAAAGUCAGACCACCCUGCGUGCUCCGGUGUGCCCAAGACGGUGAUCAUCACGGACAUGAACUACUACCCAGUCUCCCGCUACCACUUUGACCUCAGUGGCACCGCCUUCGGAGCCAUGGCCAAGGACGGCCGCAACGACGAGCUCCGCCACGCCGGCAUGAUCAACAUGCAGUUCAAGAG